AUGAUUAUUGCUGACUGAAGGAAUAUUGAAUACUUAAAAGUCAAUGUACGACAAUCAUAUGCUGACUGUGACAGACUAAGGUAUUUCUUCUAUAGGAUGUAAGACAAUGCUAAAUUUCAGGAUGUCUUGCCCAUUCCGAUUUUAAGGAUAUUCUUUUCCAGACGUAUGCAAAAGCUUAUCUUUCCAUUGUCAGAAUAACGUAAUACAAGGAAGUAAUAAAUCUUAUAGUCUGUACUGUAUUUGCAUAUACCAUGGCUAAUGUAAGCAAACUAUGUAUAAAAGCCAGCUCUGGAAUACACUCAUUUGAGAGUCUUGUAAAGCUGUUGUCCGUGUGUUAUUGCUUACAAAUGACUCUCCAUCAACGUUGAUUAUGGUGACCGAGGGAUCGAGAACCGAGGGGAUUAGAGUCCAUUACAACAUUAACCCUUUCAGCUUGGUGUCAGAAGUGGGAUAGAAGUUGGAUCAGCAAAACCAUUUGCGGUGAGUAGCCUUUUUGUGUCUUAUUUGACGCUGAUUGUCUAUGACCCCCCUUUGGUUCAGUAAGACUGUAUCCAGUAGAUAGGAAAGGUGUAAGGACUCUAGUUAUAUUGAGACUAUAAGAGGUCUCCGGUUUAUUAGACAUUUGGUCUAAAUAUAUAUAGGGGUUCUUGGUAACCCAGGUUAGUAUCUAAGAUAGAUACAGGUUUUUGAGACCAUAAGAGGUCUCCGGUUUAUUAUAGGGUUUUGGUAACCCAGGUUAGUAUCUAAGAUAGAUACAGGGUAUCUCAGGUAGAUACAGGUUUUUGAGACCAUAAGAGGUCUCCGGUUUCUAUAGGUGUUCUGAGUAGCACGGUUUGUAGAUCUUUAAGUAUAACCCAAACUUCUCUUUCUCCCGGUCACCUUUGUUUGUCUUAAGUGUUUUUUGUGGGUGAUUGUUUGUCUAUAUUGGGGACACACUUUGGUAAGUUAGUAGUGUCCCCACUCUGAAUCAGCAGUAUGGGAAAUGUGAGUUCAGGUCCUGAGUGACCAAUAUAUGUAUGUAUAUGUGUGUGUAUGUAUAUAUGUGUAUAUGUAUGUAUAUAUGUGUGUGUAUAUGUAUAUGUGUAUAUAUAAGAUAGCAGUACUUUUAAACAAAUGGAGGUUUUAAAAAUACAUAGGGAUUAAGGAGAGAACGCAGGUAACUUGUUUUUCUUUGGUUUUUACCAUAUAUUGGGGCUGAUGUGUACUGUAGUCCUUGCUGCUGUCCAGUAGUGAUGGGAGUGAGCGCAGGACUUAUCUUUCUGCAAGAUAGCAGUACUGUAUAUUAGAAAAGAAAUGACUCAUAGGUUGUACCUGAUAGACCUACUUAAAUCUUUUUGCUUUAUUCUUUCUGUCGCAUAGAAGUAUAAGUUUAUUACUCUGUUUUAUUGUAAGUUAUUUCACAUGGGAUCUAUGUGCCUGGUAUGAUUGUUGCUUUAAAAAUACUAUAAGCCCACUACACUUAUUAUGAGAGUGGGAUAGUGUAAAUGUGUUGCAUUGUUUGCAUGAUGAGCUCAGUAUAUUUUAUAACUGAGACAAAAAGUCACUUCAUUAGUAUUUGAAAGUUAAUUCCCCAUAUGGGAUUAAUUGUAUAGAAACACCAAUCAGCACAUCUUCCCUGCCCUGUGUGUUUGUUGCAAAGGAUCCAUACUAAAUAUGAUUUUUGUUUGAAAAUAACAGAGCAACAUUUACAUUUUCAGCGGUCCAACACAUGCUUCAUUUUGCACUGUAAACUAACCUUUUUAUUGCAACAGGUUCCUUUUAAAUGAUCCAGUGUAAUAACUACUGCUUGUGUCUUCUAUGUCUCACAUUAUGUGAUAUUUUAAAUUGUGGUAUAUAGCCUGAAUCAGACAUCAUGGACAAAGGUUUUUACCUGUGUUACUAAGGGCUCUUGGAGACUGACCGGUCUAAAGGUUUGCCAUGCCUUUAAAACAUGGUAUAGUAUAAAUUUUUUAAGUCUCUGAGAGUUCUGAAAGAUUCAGGUGAAACCAUGUCUGUUUAAUCUGGUCCAGAUGUUUGUUCAAUUUCUAUAGGAUUUAAAUUGAUGCAGCAUCAUCUCAGAUUAGUUAAUGGAAGUUUUAUACAAAUAGUUGAGUUAUGAGCGCGCUAUAUAAAUGGAUCCUUUCUUUAAAUACAAUACUAUAGUAGAUUAAAGUAAUGAAGUUAAUUAAGAAAAUGUAUACAUAAGAAUCCCUAAAAUAAAUCUAAACUAAAAUUGGUAUACCUUCCAAUAAUAUGUUCUGAAUACAGCUGUUAACUGUUUAUUUUGUGUAAAUGGUGAUUGUGAUAAUGUGUGAUAAGUGUGCAGUUUAACUUGAAAGUGGUUUAAUUUAUGUUGCUGUAUUGUUUUAAAUUAUAUGUGAAUCAGUUUGUCACAGUCUAGUGAUACUGAUAAGAAUGACAGCCAAAUAACCUAGCAAAUAACUGUUUUAUUAGUUGUUGAAUACUAGCGUUUUGGCCAAGAAUAGUUGGAGAUUUGGAGGUGUUAGUUUAAGAUUGCUUUUAUAUUGUGUGUAUCCGUGUUUCCUAGGAGGGAGACAGAGUGUGUAGUUGUGUGCCCAUAAAUGUGAUUUCUGUAUUGGCAUAUCUGCUGGGUACCCAUUAUGUGUUUCUACAAAGAUAUUGCUUUGUGAGAUGACGUGUAAUAUUACAUGGGAUGCUGAGUAUGAGUUAUAUGGUUUGAAAUGAAUUGGUGAUUAUGAGCUUAGUACUUCAGUAAGAUGUGCUAAAAUUUGGAACAAGGUGGAAGCUGAAAUGUUGGGAUUAUGGAAGAAUAAGCAGUCUAUAUUCACUGCUUUGGCAUUUAAGCAGGAUGCAAAGGAAGAGAUUGGUAAUAUGAUUUUUGUAAAGAAAUUUUACAAGUGUUGGAAGGAUGAGGCAGGUUUGAUGUCUGGAGAUGAUAUAGAUAUCUUUAAAAUACAGUCAUGCCUUGGUAAUAUGUUGCCACAGUAUUAUUUGCUUGUGAAACAAUUGAUUUCAGACUGGGCCAAUUUGGAUAGCUCAGAUUUUCUUACCAAGGUUAUAGAAAAGGAAAAUGCAGGUUGUUUUGACUUAAGAAAAGAUUUAGGAAAGUAAGGUUGCUUAUUAUGCUCAGGGAUUGCAACAUAUUAUGUCCAGCUACACAGACUGAGAGCGAGGAUGGGAUGGAGCACAUAAAGCCAGUGGAAGGGGUGGUCAAAGAGGGGCAAGGGGAUGGAGACAGGGAAAUCAGGGUUAUAGGGGCAGGGGUAACCAAGGAGGAAUAGACAGGAACACUUGUUUCAACUGUGGCCAAUAUGGCCACUGGAGGAAUGAGUGUCCACACCCCAGGAAACCCCAGGAAACCCCACACACCCCCAACAACCCCACAAUUCUCAAAAUAUGCCCGGUAGGCAAGAACAACACCAGACCCACUCCCAACACCACUGGCCAGCAUAUCGCUUAGUUCAGGACUUUAGAGCCCUGAAUAGUUUAAUUGUGCCCAUUUCACCCAUUGUCCCUGAUGUGACAUCCCUCAUUACAGCCAUUCCACAUGAUGCCACUUGCUUCACUGUCAUUUGAUUUAAGUAAUGCAUUUUUUCUAUACCUAUUGAUCAAGAGACACAGCUACUUAUGGUUUUUACUUUUGAAGGCUGUCAGUUUACCUGGACACGCUUACCCAAGGCUAUGUGGAUUCCCCAGCUGUUUAUUCGUUGGUACUCCAACAUACUCUAAAAAACAUGGACCACCGGUCAUGGUUCCGUCCUUUUUGCAAAAUGUUGAUGAUUUGUUGUUAUGUAGCCCUAGCUAUGAGGCAAGCACUGUGGAUACUGUCAGCAACUGUGGGUCACAAGGUUGUUAAACACAAAAUGCAAUUGUGUAAAUCAAAGGUUGAAUACUUAGGUUUUGUUCUGGCUUUAGGCACCAGACAAUUGAGUCCAAAACGUAUUGAGGUCAUUCAGAGGAUUCCUACACCCACUACUCGGAAGGAGUUGCUCACCUUCCUCGGCAUGAUUAAUUACUGCCGCCAAUGGAUCCCUGAAUGCUCCCAUUAUGACUCAAUCCUAAGGGAGGCUGUACGUUCUGACAGCCCUGAAAAUGUCUGCUGGUCACCAGACAUGCUAGCUGCAUAUAUUGCCCUUACAGUUGUUAUUGUGCAAGCCCAGGCUUUAGGACUACCUGUGUAUUGUAAACCAUUUCAUUUGUAUGCUCGGGACAACUGUAAAACCAUGGCCGCGGUCUGUGCACAAGAGCAAGGAGGCGGUAUGCGUCCCAUAGCAUUCUUUUCCAAAGUAGUUCGAGCUCUGGUACAGGGUAUGCCGGCGUGUCUCAGAGCAUUGAUAGCAUGUGCAAUGGCUGUUGAAACUGCUACUACUAUCACACUAGGGCAUCCUACAAUACUUCAUGCCAGUCACCAGGUUACUCAGCUGAUGACAAAUCUCACCACACAACACAUGACAGCCCAGCGCUUCAGUGGUUAUGAGAUUCUUUUUUUUAAUACCCAGAAUCUGUCUUUUGGAAUAAACAAGGUUUAGAGAAAGAUCAAAAUGAUCUGUUCUCUAAAGAGGGGAGAAUAGGCAUACUUGAAGAAUAGGCAUACUUGAAGCAAGCUGAUUUAUUUUCAUCAGUCAGGCACAUAGCAAGCACCAUUCAAUUCUUCAUGAAUUCAUUUUAUAUUAGGAAUCUCAGGCAGCAUGUACAGUCUUUUGUAAGAUCGUGUGAACGCUGCUCUUUUUACACACUUACAGAUUGAUUUUAUUCAUGUAUCCAAAAUUGGUAACAAACAGCAAUACUUACUGGUCAUAGUUGCUCAGUUUAGUAGAUGGCAUGAGGCCUUUGUGACAUCUAGGGAAGAUGCUAGUGAAGUUUAUUGUUACUGAAAUUAUUCCCAGGUAUGGCUGCCCUCUGCAGAUUGGCUCUGAUAAUGGCCCGGUUUUUGCCAGUAAGGUUGCCCAGGAACUUGCUAAAUUCUUGCAAGUUACCUGGCAGUUUCAUAUACCCUAUCAUCCACAGAAUACAGGGGUAGUUGAAAGGAUGAAUAGGACUAUUAAGGAAAAGCCCAGAAUUUACCCAGGAACAUGGGUAAAUUGGACUAGAUAUCUACCAGCUAUUUUAGCUGAGAUAAGAGUGAUUCCUCACAAGGUGACUAAAUUAUCUCCAUUUGAGAUUUUGAUGGGAUGACCUUUUCCCACACCCUGGGCCAGGGAACUGCUUGUUAUAAUGUCUGGGGAUUUAAAGCUAAUACAAGAACAAUAUGUACAGGAAUUGUUGAUAAAACCGAAUGGUAUGUAUGACAAUGUUUCUUCGCAGUUUUCCCUUACCUUCACAGGAACCUACUCAUUCAUACCAGCCCGGUGACAAGGUGUAUAUCCGUCAGUUGAACAGGACCAAGAAAGGAGGAUACCCUUUUGGACCACCUGCUACUGUGAUUGCUGUACCCAGAACCGCUGUCCACAGAUUCCCACGACAUCUGGAUUCACGCAUCCCGAGUGAAGCUGUGUCCAAAGAGGGGAACCAAGGAAGACAACACCACUCCUCGCUCGGAAACAGAAGAAUUUCUCCUCAGCGAAGCAUCAUGGUUUUCACACCAUAUCGUAGAUUGAGAGGAUCAUACGUACCUGAGACCAAGAUUAUGUUGUGUGCUAUGCUUUCUGGAGUUGUUAUACUCCCUCUGAUAUUGUUCCUUGAAUGCCAUUAUGAGUACAAGUCAAUGGCAAGUUCUGGAAAAAGACUGACAUGAUGAACAAUUCUUCAAUACCCCCAGCCCAAUUAGGCCUUAGCCCCUCAUCUAGCAUUCUUCACACAUGCCCCCUCAAGAACCUUUCUCCACCACCUUUCUAUCAGCAUGCAAUAUGCAAUCAUUCAUUUACUGAACGCAUUUGGAUGAAUUGGACAAAUAGUAACCCUUAUAAGUACCAGUUACCCAUAUGAAAUGUGUCUACAGCUAAUGAAACCGAUGCAUUAUGUUUGUUUAAAGGUUCACAGAAAAUUGUUAGAUCUUAUAACGCAGAAAUGUGCACAGUUAAGGUUGCAUAUCAAUGUAAACAGACAGGCCUUAUUACUUUUAAUAAUGAUUAUAUAACUGGUAUCAUUAAUUGGAGAAGGGGACAAAUGUUAGUCAUUAUGAACGACACUACAAUUGAGAACUAUACACUACCUUAUAUUUUUACACCUUAUUACUGUCCUUUAUUCUCUACCAUAGAACCAAAAGUCAACAACGACUCACACACACACACCUAUUCCGUCCACAUUUAUUAAUACAACUGCCUUCUUACAAGCUGUACAUGUGUCAUUAAAAAUCACUACUCCUGUUGUAACAUUAUGUAAUACAACAAACAAAGGCAGAAAAGGGAAUGGUAUGACACACUGUUAGAUGGUGCUGGAACCACUAUGGGUAUACUAAAUAGUUAUAGAUAUGGAGACCCUCAAGAAUAAGUUAAACACAGCCAGCAUGCAUAUAGGGACUGGUUUUCAUGCUAGUGCAAAUUGGGCUCCAAUUGUUGUUAAAUCACAGGUUAUAGGAUUGGAUUUAGAUAAAUCAAUGUAUAAUUAUUUAGACAAUUUAACUGUUGCAACUAUGAAAUUCACAACAGGUCUAAGUAACUGGAGUACUUGUGCCAUCAGGUAUUUAUGGAUACAACAAGGAUUGGCAUUAGAAAACACACUAAUGAUUCCUAAACUAGAGAAGAUUAGAGGGAUGCUUAACCUCACAGAUAAUGAAUGGUUACUUCUAAAACCCCAAUCCACUAAAUGCAAUGGAUGGUUAACUGGUAAUGCUUCACAUUUUUUCAUGCUCUUGCUAUUUUACAUUAUAUCAUACAUCAUCAAAGGAUGUUAAAUUAGCUUGUCAAUUUAACACAUUACCAGUACCAGUUUAUGAUCUUUUUGCUAAGAAUUUAACCUGGUGGGCACCCACAUAUACAGGGGACUAUAUUUUUCCCAAAGAUAACACACACAGGUAGCCACACAUAUCCUAAAAGGAGAACUCCUUAAGGUGAGUUCACAAAUUCAGAAUGAUUUAGCCCAUCAUUGGUACGAUGCUUCACUGGUUGGUCCCCUACUGGAUCUCAGAUAAUGAAAUCAUUCUUCUAUCAUUUUGUUAUUAUAGUCCUGAUUUUAUUGUGUAUGAUUUUAUAUAACUGUCACCUUACUUGUACAUUGAGGAAGUGAGUACAGAAAUGAAUCCAUAAUGCAGAACAGAAACAAUUAGAAAUUCUCCUCUCGCCACUGUAGGGUAUCAACCCAUCUUUAAACUGGGCCUUAGGAAUUACCACAUGGGAAUCGAGGUGAAGAAAUUAAUGAAAGUCCCGCAGGGAGUGACUAGCACCCCUGAAAAUACCAUGUGGAAGUUUCUCUGUCCUGGUAAGAUUUUAUCGAUAAGAUGAGCAAUUGUUUUAUUGCUCAAAGAGGGGAAUGUAAGAAUAUUAAAUAGUUAACUUGUUUAUAUGUAUUUUAUGCUUUUAUAAGGUUUAUAACAUGAUUAUUGCUGACUGAAGGAAUAUUGAAUACUUAAAAGUCAAUGUACGACAAUCAUAUGCUGACUGUGACAGACUAAGGUAUUUCUUCUAUAGGAUGUAAGACAAUGCUAAAUUUCAGGAUGUCUUGCCCAUUCCGAUUUUAAGGAUAUUCUUUUCCAGACGUAUGCAAAAGCUUAUCUUUCCAUUGUCAGAAUAACGUAAUACAAGGAAGUAAUAAAUCUUAUAGUCUGUACUGUAUUUGCAUAUACCAUGGCUAAUGUAAGCAAACUAUGUAUAAAAGCCAGCUCUGGAAUACACUCAUUUGAGAGUCUUGUAAAGCUGUUGUCCGUGUGUUAUUGCUUACAAAUGACUCUCCAUCAACGUUGAUUAUGGUGACCGAGGGAUCGAGAACCGAGGGGAUUAGAGUCCAUUACAACAUUAACCCUUUCAAU